ACACGUCCUAGAAUACGUAAUGAGCGCCUUGCAUGCCUCGUUUCGCUCCCGUCGCGAUGAACACGAGGCAUCUCACACGAAUGCGAGGAUUAGGAACGGAGGCGACAGAGAGGGAUGAGGACUUGGCUGACAAAUGUCAGAGCGGAGUGGCCGUCGUCACCCUUCGACAGUGCGAAAAUCCCUCGAUGGACUGGCGAAACGAGGAAUCGGAUCACUCGAGCGUCGAGAACUUAAAGUGGGAUGAGAACGACGUCAGGAAGAAGAAUGCCCCCACCUUGCGCCGCAACGUUCGGUCCCAGGAAGUCCAAGUGGAGCUCGGAGUCUGCAGGGACAUUAGGAAGUUCACAUCCGUCUUGGAGAACCUGGAGCUCGAGACGAAAGAUCAAGAUCACGCGAGAUUUAGGACGAAAGACGUGCAGACGAAUUACUUCAGCGAUUCUGAACAAGAAGAGAUCGCGCCAGUUUUCAAGACGAGGGAGAAGUCUACCUUUCAGUUGGUAUUACAGGGACCGGAGAUCCUGAAUUUCCAGGGUACGAGGCACUCUCCUGCGGAUAUCGCACCCUACUGGAAGAAGGACUCUCGGAUGUGGCUGUGGAAGUCGGUGAGACUCGCGAGGAAGAUAAGAAGGACCAAAGCGAGGGCUGUUCCUCCUCUGUGUCGCAAAGAACUUUCGUAGUCUAGAUUUUUACUCACCAGUGCAGGAAUUUUCGAAUCCUCAUUUUUUUCUUUUUACACAUUUUUAGUUUUACGCGCCACGCGUGUGAUUUUUAAAUAAUUAUCGAAUAAUAGAUAUUACUACCAAACUACUGAAUUUUAUUGCUAAAUUAGAUAAUUUUACUAUUUAAUUAAAUUUUAUUAACAGAUAACAAUA